AUGAGCUAUGACUCGGGCAACCGGCCAUACGACCUCCAGAUCAAGCUGCUGAUGAUCGGCGACAGCGCCGUUGGCAAGACGAGCCUAUUGUUGAGGUACGCCAACGACACCUUCAGUUCGACGUUCAUCACGACGAUCGGUAUUGAUUUUAAGAUCAAGACCGUGCACCUAGGAGGCAAGAAGGUCAAGCUCCAGAUUUGGGACACGGCGGGCCAGGAGCAGUUCCGCACGAUCACGCGGUCCUACUUCCGGGGAGCGCAGGGCAUCGUGUUGGUCUACGACAUCACGGACCGGCGGACGUUUAACUCCGUAAGAAGCUGGAUGGCGCAGAUCACGGACCACGCGGACCAGCAGGUGCGCGCCGGUGCCGCUCGUCGCCCUUCACGCCAUCGCCGCGAGACACUCCCGCGCGCAGGUCAACAAGGUCCUCGUCGGGAACAAGUCCGACAACCAGAGCGCGCGCCAGGUGUCGACGCAGGAGGGCCAGGCGCUCGCGGCGGAGUACGACGUCCGCUUCAUCGAGGCGUCGGCCAAGGCCGACGUGAACGUCACGGAGGCCUUCCAGGCCAUCGCGCAGCAGGUCAUCGACCGCAUCCCGCGCGGCGCGUCGCGGCCGGCGUCGCGCCAGCUCUCCUCGAAGAAGUCGUCGAAGAAGAGCUGCUCCUGCUGA